CCGGGCUGAGCCCUGCGCAGCGGAGCUGCCGGCCGGGCGGGCGGGCGGCCGGCGUGCGGUGGGGCGCAUGGCGGGCGCAGGCGACGAGCGGACGCCGCUGCUGGGCGCGCGGCGGGCGGCGUUCGAGGGCCGGCGCGCGGCGUGCGCGGCCGUGCUGCUGACGGAGCUGCUGGAGCGCGCCGCCUUCUACGGCGUCACGGCCAACCUGGUGCUGUUCCUCAACGGCACGGCGUUCGGCUGGGAGGGCGCGCAGGCCAGCCAGGCGCUGCUGCUCUUCAUGGGCCUCACCUACCUGGUGUCGCCGUUCGGGGGCUGGCUCGCCGACGCGCGGCUGGGCCGGGCGCGCGCCAUCCUGCUCAGCCUGGCGCUCUACCUGCUCGGCAUGCUGGCCUUCCCGCUGCUGGCCGCGCCCGCCACGCGCACGGCGCUCUGCGGGGCCCCCCGCCCCACGCGCGUCCGCAACUGCUCGGCGCCGCCGUGUGCCGAGGCGCCCGCCCGCUACUGCGCGCCCGCAGCGCUGUCCGCGCUCGCGCUCGUGGGCCUGGGCGUGGGCGCCGUCAAGGCCAACAUCACGCCCUUCGGCGCCGACCAGGUUAAAGAUCGCGGUCCAGAAGCCACGAGAAGAUUUUUUAAUUGGUUUUAUUGGAGCAUUAAUCUGGGAGCAAUCGUUUCUCUGGGGGGCAUUGCCUACAUUCAGCAGAACGUGAGCUUUGUCACCGGCUACAUCAUCCCCGCUGUCUGCAUCGGAGUGGCUUUCGUGGUCUUCCUCUGCGGCCAGACCUUCUUCAUCACCAAGCCGCCCGAUGGCAGCGCCUUCACUGACGUGUUCAGGAUCCUGGUGUAUUCGUGCUGCCCCCAAAAGCGAAUCAGGGAACGCAGUCCUAGUGGUGAAGGCAUUGGAGUCUUUCAGCAAUCUUCUAAACACAGUCUGUUUGAUUCAUGUAAGAUGUCUCAUGGAGGGCCAUUCCCGGAAGAUAAAGUGGAAGAUGUGAAAGCUCUUGUCAAGAUUGUCCCCGUUUUCUUGGCUUUGAUACCUUACUGGACAGUGUAUUUUCAAAUGCAGACGACGUAUGUUUUACAAAGUCUUCAUUUGAAGAUUCCAGAAAUUUCCAGUAUUACAACCAAUCCUCAUACGUUUCCGGCAGCCUGGCUGACCAUGUUCGAUGCCGUGCUCAUCCUCCUGUUAAUUCCCUUGAAAGAUAAACUGGUGGAUCCCAUCUUGAGAAGAAACGGGCUGCUGCCAUCGUCCUUGAAAAGGAUCGCGGUGGGCAUGUUCUUCGUGAUGUGUUCGGCCUUCGCAGCAGGAAUUUUGGAAAGCAAACGGCUGGACCUCGUGAAGGAGAAGACCGUUAACCAGACCAUUGGAAACGUCGUUUACUACGCUGCGGAUUUGCCAGUCUGGUGGCAGGUCCCUCAGUACUUGCUGAUUGGCGUCAGUGAAGUAUUCGCGAGCAUCGCAGGCCUGGAAUUUGCGUACUCGGCCGCCCCCAAGUCCAUGCAGAGCGCCAUCAUGGGCUUGUUCUUCUUCUUCUCCGGCGUCGGGUCCUUCGUGGGCUCAGGACUGUUGGCACUGGUGUCCCUCAAGGCCAUCGGGUGGAUGAGCAGCCACACGGACUUCGUCUCUUCUGCCCGGAGCCCCGUGUCCAGUGAUGUGAGAGGACGUGGCAGGUCGGCUCCCGCUCGGUUAGGGGCAGGUGGCUGUCAUGGCGGUGGUUUGCAGAGAGACUGGGACAGGUGACACCUCCUCCCCCCGCCCGCCCCCCAGUCCUUGUUUCUGUAGGAGCAGCAGGUGUGAUCCCACAUUUCACGGCUUCUCUGUGUCCUGGGCUCUCCCCGCUCUGCCCUUCGGCAGGUCCUGCCUGCAUUAGGGCUCAGGCGGCAGUGGGGCUGGCUCAGCGUUUCCUGACUGACACGUGGAUAACUUCCUGCCAGGUUCCAGGACCACGUCUGAAGGAAGCGUCCCCAGAUUCUCACCUCGUUGUUUUCCGCUCUCCCUGUCCUCCCCAGGCCUGCUUGUCCUCAUUAUUAUUGUUAUUUAGAUGGGGGGGUCACAUCCGUACUGUGAAGGGCACCGGUCUCAAGUGCACAGCUUGGUGUGCCUUUCAUCCAGAUCAGAAUGCAGGGCGUGGAAGGGUCCCUUCUGUCCUUCCUGAGUUCAGCCCCCGGCCCCCGACAAGAUGAACUCUGUUCUGACGUCGGCCCUGCUGAGUCCUGUGGCCUCUCUCGUCCUCUGCCGCGGCCGUGGCCGUGGCCUUUCACUCAGCACUGAGUUCCCAGGGUCAUCCCAGUGAAUGGUUCUUUGUUAUUUCUGCGGAGUAUCCGUCGUACGAAUAAGUCAGAAUUCACUUAUCUGUUCUGCUGCAUGUCGGUGUUCGUGGGGUCUCCAGUUUGAGGCUGUCACAAAUAAAGCAGCUGGGAAUGUUCUUGUACAUAUGUUUGGGGGACACAUGAAGCUUAUUUAUUGGGGCCCAGGAGUCUGUUUAAUCAAAUAUGAAACACCCAAAAUUUACCGUCUUUAUAUGCAGUUACCUUCUGUCUGUGAAGAGGCCCAAGAAAGUACAGGGUGAUCACUUCUAGGUGGUGGACCCAGUUCUGAAUACCCUUCCUGACGCCAGACUGCGACCGGCCCUGCAGGGAAAACACAGUGUACAGUUUGCUCGGCCUGCCAGCUUUGAGCUUUGCAAGCUGUAAAUGACUCUUUAGUUUGGGGAGAUGGAUGUUUCAGAGCUGGCACUUAGAACGGCGUGAUUGGUGGUGUGACGACAGCCUUGCUGCGUUGCCACCAACCAGCACUGCAGCGCUGGCGUCUGCAAACCAGGGUCCGGGGUGGACCGGGGUCUCUGUGACCAGGGUGGAGCCCGCUUGCAACGAGCACCAAACCGCUGCUGCAGCUCUGUGGCCGCUGCUGAAUAAACAGCACAGUCAGGUGGAAAUUCCCGUCUUACUGGGUCUCUCCCCGAAGCAGUGGACAUGUGAAAUCGUUGUCUUCUACAGCCUGAAGGAGUGAGAAUUCUUCAAAACAUGCGAGUGCUUAUUAUACAAACGUGUGUAUUAUAUCUGUUCAUUAGUUCUGUUAAAUACAAGCAGUGUUAAACAUCUGAUUUUAAUGAGUAUACAUUCAGGUAGAAAAAGGAAGCUCCAGAAUAACCCAGCUUGACAGAGACCUUCAGAGGAAAGGAAGUCUGGCGUCUUAAAUAAGCCAGUGGGAGAUGCUUUUGAAGCCGGUCAGAGAGCACAGCCGCUUUCUUCCUAAGACGCCAGCGUCCUCUAGAGGCGCUGCUGACGAAACGCCCCUCUCUGCUCCUCUGUUCGGCAGUGUGUCCGACCAGCGGCGUCAGCGGUCCACCGUUCCAGGGCGGUGGCGACGGCUGUCUGUUGGGAGCCGGGGCGGCGCGCUGUGUGCGGCUCUGGUGUCCCCGACACACAGCCCUGCGUCUCCAUGCUGCGCGGCCGCGUCUCAGGGGACAGACGGCAGGUUUACAGCCCUGGUGGCCCCGGACCUACGUGUGGACUGGGGCUCCUAACGGGGCCCGUGAGGGGGAGGCGGCCGCGUGGCCCGGGUGCCGUUUCCACAUUUGACAGGCGGGGAACCUGGGCCCCGAGACCCAGACGCCGGGGUCUGAGCCUCCCUGGUGGAGGUCCGCGGUCCGCGCCCCUAACCUCCGCCGCCUCGGCACUGGUCGGGCACCGAGCAGAGCCUCGCACGUAGCACGCCUCGCGUGGUGCUCGGGGCAGAGUCGGCCAUUCAGUGUGUCAGCUCUGAGGGUGAAAGCGGGCGCCUGUGUCUCAGCCUGCAGCCUGAAGUUUUUAAGGAGAAAUGUGAAAACCAAGCUGUGCCUCCCCCUGGCGCGUGGAGUGUGCGUCCAGCCGUCUGUCCCGGCCUGUGACGGUGCUUUGUUUGAGGUCAGGUGACGACACGGGAGUCCAGCACUCACACCUGACGUGACGUCCAGGCUGCGUCCUGGCCCGAUGCGCGCGCGGUCUUGGCGCGUGUGCAGACUGUAGACCCAGGCGAGGAGGGCCGUCCGCUGCAGGAUCUGGCGUGGAGACCGUGGGGGGCUCCUCCUCACGUGGGGAGCAGGAGGCCCCAGCCCGGAGCCCGUGUUGAGACACAGCUGACUUCUCAGUGGCUUUGGAAACAAAGCACUUGUGUAUUUUGAAUUAGGGGUAGGAUUCUUUUCUCUCUUUCUUUUUUUUCUUUUUUAAUGACCACAGUUAAAAGUCACCCUGACCUUCGUAGGAACCAAGUUAAAUACAUAAAAUCUUUUAAACUCUCUCUCUAAGUGCAG